GCCGUCCAAAGUUAGGGCAAACAUUGGUUACUCCCCUAUAAUAAAAACCCUCGUUGGGCACGGGGAGUUAUCUGGAGCUGAAAGUCGAAGCGAGGGCGCCUUCUCCUGUCACUGCAGAUCGAACCGACCUUUGCUUCUCCUCCUCAAGAUCUGUAGAGAUGUACACUUCUAGGAAGAAGAUCCACAAGGAUAAGGAUGCUGAACCCACUGAAUUUGAGGAGACAGUUGCCCAGGCACUGUUUGAUUUGGAAAAUACGAACACGGAGCUUAAAAGUGACUUGAAAGACCUUUACAUUAACUCAGCAGCUCAAAUUGAUGUCUCUGCAAGUCGCAAAUCUGUUGUUAUCCAUGUUCCUUAUAGACUGAGAAAAGCUUUCCGCAAGAUUCAUCUCAGGCUUGUGAGGGAACUAGAGAAAAAGUUCAGUGGCAAGGAUGUUGUCCUGAUUGCCACACGAAGAAUUGUGCGGCCCCCAAAGAAAGGUUCUGCUGUUCAGAGACCCCGAUCCCGAACUCUCACAGCUGUGCAUGAUGCGAUACUUGAGGAUGUUGUAUAUCCUGCUGAGAUUGUUGGAAAGCGCAUUAGAUACCGAAUUGAUGGUUCAAAGAUAAUGAAGGUAUUCCUGGAACCCAAGGCACGCAAUGACACCGAGUACAAGCUGGAGACCUUUGCUGGAGUUUACCGGAAGCUUUCUGGGAAAGACGUCGUCUUUGAGUAUCCAAUCACAGAGGCCUGAAGAUGUGUUAUUUAAUGAGCUUUCCUUUCCUUUCCAUUCUAGUACAAGGAUCGUAAAAAUUGCAUUUUGUUGGAUACUUGAAAUUUUGUCAGAGGGAUUUGGGUUGUUAAAUUAAAGUCUUUUUGCAUAGGAAGCAGGAACUUUGAAUGAGACAGUUAUUCAGUUCGUAUU